GCAGAAGCAGAUGAAGGGGGUAAAUAGAGAAAGACAGAUGAUGCUGAAAACCUGAAAUAAAAGUUGGAAAUACUCGUGUUCUAGGUGGACGACGAACAAUCCCGUCUGGAUGUUUGUGCCAGAACUGGCCGGUUCUCUCUCGCCGACUUUUUUUAUUCCCUGGCUCAUGCAGAUAAUAUCUAAUUACAUACAGAUAAAUAGUGCAGUUUAGCCAACAGUAAAAGCAGAGGGAGUCGCCCCACAUAAUCUGUCACAUCCUGCGCGUACGGUCAGUCAGGUAAACUGUUAGUCAAAGGGCAGAGAUCGCUGAACCAAGAACCGAAGAGAUGAGACUCUACAUUUGGUAUGUACCACUUGAGUGUAAUAUUGGGUCAUUCUAUGAACACAUUAAUUAACAAGCUUACAGACAUGGAUCUGAACAUUGUAGCUACUUUCCUUCUUGCUAUAAUGUUAUGGCCAAGGGUUACAUCAGGAGUACUGACAUCAGUCGACCCACCUACUGACCUACAGGUUAUUGAUCCUGGCCACUUGGGGCCACUUCACAUACAUUGGAAAGCUCCACUCAGUUUGACCAGCAAGAUGUUGUGUGUGGUGCGAUACAAGUUGUCAUACUGCAAUAUAGAUUCAACUAAUUGUAAGCGUGUAAUCACCAGGCAACUGAAGCACACUGAUGUGUUUAACCUCAACAAGGGAAUAAUUGUGAAAAUCCAGACAAUAGUAAAAGAACAUUGCACAAAUGGAUCUGAGCUACAUAGUGACUGGAUCGAGAAGGUGUUCUGGCCAUCCCUGGAAGGACAUGUGGACUCCAAAGUUAAGAACUUGCAGUGCAUUGUUUACAACAUGGAAUUCAUGGACUGUUUAUGGGAGAAUGGAACUAAUGCUCCACAUGAUAUCAAUUACAGACUCCAUUAUUGGCAUCACAAGCUGGAUCAAGUAAUGGAAUGCAAAAAUUACAUUAAAAGUCAGGGUCAUAAUGUUGGCUGCCAUUUUUACAAGGACAGUCUCAUCGAGUUCAGUGAUUUCAACAUAUGCAUAAAUGGGACCUCAGGAACAGGACCAGUGAGGCCAGCAUAUUAUGUGCUUCAACUUCAGGAUCUUGUUAAGCCAGCAGCUCCUUACAAAAUCAAUGUGACUGCAUCAAAGAAUGGUACCAUUUAUCUCCAGUGGGAGCCACCAGCUGGCAAAAUCAAAUCUCACUGCCUGGAAUAUGAAAUUCGUUUCUCCAGAAAAGACUCUGACUGGGAGUCUAAAGUACUUCUUGAGGAAACUACCUUUACAUUCCUGAAUGUGACUGUUAAAACAAAGUUCUGUGUCCGUUUAAGAGCAACUGUCAACAUGUAUUGUGCUGAUAACAGCUUUUGGAGUGAUUGGAGUCCUACCCAGUGCUUGCAAGACUAUCCAGCAGAAGAGGAAAAUGCCAUUAUCAAAUUGAACUUGUUGGGAGAACUGAUUUUACUCACAGCAUUAGCAUCAAUCACAUUGGUCCUCCUUGUGAGUAUUCUCGGCUGCUGGAUCAGAUGGAAACGAUCGUUUGCAAAGAGAAAGUUUAACAUGUUACUCACUGAAGAAACCAAGAGCAUUAAAGAAAGAAACUGCCUUGACUGCUGAAAUAUUGCUCACAUUUUCUAAAGAGUAUUACUGAAUCUUAAAAGUUCUCAUUAAUUGCAUUUUAAAUGUACGCCGUUUUUAAGUUUUGAUACAAAAAUGGGUUUUUACAUGUUCAGUCUUUUGAAAAUUCAGUUGUUCUUUAAAUGUUCGUAGACUUAACUGUGCAAUGCAAGAGCCAGGGUAAUUUUACAGUGAAGCAACACUGUAGCAGUUAUUUUCAAAUUGUGCAACUCUCAAGACAUUUCUCAUGAAUGAAGGGGUAUCCCAGGAUAUCUCAUUGAGCUUUGGAAAGUAGUCUAAACUGUUCAAUUAUGAAGAUAUUAAAAAGGAGGACUUGGAAUUAAGUGGUAUAUUUCAGGACCACAGAAUGUUCCCAGUGUAUCAUGGCUAAAGAGAUAUUCUUGAAGUGUGAUUGUCCUGCUAACGUAAAAUCAGAUGCUAAUAGAACUUAUAGAAUCAAAGAGUCAUGGAGCCAUACAGCACAGAAACAGACCCCUUGGCCCACCACGUCCUUGCUGUCCAUCCAGUACAUGUCCAUACUACUCUCGGUUUCCAGUAUUCAUCCCAGAGCCCUCUAUACCAUGGUGUUCCAAAUGCUCAUCUAAUUACUUCCUAAAUGCUGUGAACAACCCCACGGUCAGUGAGUUCCAGGUCUCAAUUACUCUCUGGGUGAAAAAAUAUUCUUCCUCAAAUUCCCUCUAAAUCUUGUACCCCUUACCUUAAGUCUGUACCCUCUGGUCAUAGACACAUCUGCUAAGGUUACAAGAUCCCCACUAUAUCUAUGCCCCUUAUAACUUUGUCUAUAUAUUUGGAGGCCUGUAUUACACCGCCAGCAAAGAGAUCACCCAUUCUUUGUACCUUAGUUCCAUCUAUAUGGUCUCAUUUGAAGAACCUUAUAGGAUAUUCUAGGAUAUUCCCCAUCCUUAUGGCGGUAAUGGAUUCCUUGAUUAAUUUUGCAAUUUCACCUCCCCUUUUGCACUCUUUACCCCCUCUUUUCUAACCCCCCCCCCCAACCAUCCCAUUGAAAAUAGAUUCUAUACCCUGGAAAGUUGAGUUGCCAGUCCCACCCAUCUUUCACCCAAGUUGUCAUAACAGAAACAACAUCAUAUUUCCAUUUGUUCAUCACUUCCCUCAGUUCAUCUGCCUUAUUUGCUCCUUGUGUCAUUAUAGAUGCAAACCAUUCCUCCCAUGUGCUUGGAGACCUGGUUUUCCUUGAAUAUUUUUCAUUUCCUCACUCCCACUGUGUCCCAUUCUCCUGCCAAAUUAGUUUAAAUCCUCACCUGCAAGGAUGUUGGACCUUUUUCAGUUCAGAUGCAACAUGCCCACCUCGUACAUCUCGUCUUCCCUGAAAAUUUCACAGUGAUCCAGAAAUCAAAAACCCUCCAGUACCGUCUGUUCAGCCACACAUUCAUCUGACCUAUCCUCCAAUCCCUGUAUUCAUCAGCACUUGAAGUAAUCCAAAGAUUACACAGAUCCUGCUCUUUAAUCUACUUGUACUCAAAAUGCUGGAUCUCACCCCUCUUUUUAUACUCAUGUUGUUUAUACUGAUGUGAAGUAUAAUUUAUGACUGUUUACUCUGCCUUGCAACCUUUCUGUGACCUUGGUCCCAGGGAGGCAUCACAGCAUCCUGGGUCCAGGUCCCAAAAGUGCCUGUCUUUUCCCUUGGUAGUGGGUCACCUGCCACGAUGGCCCUCGGACUCUGCUCCUUUUUUUUAAAUCGCAGUGCUGGGAACUUGUUUCCGGUAAUUGGAAGGUGAACUCUAGCUCAAGAUCAAAACGCAUAUUGUUGGUUUCUUUCUGAUUUUUGAAAAACAUGUUCAGUCAUGAUCUUUUGGGUGUGUUGUACAAAGUCAGCUAAGAAGGAAUGUUUUCAAUCCACGAUCUUUGAUGUUACUGAUAAGUCAUGUGGUUUGUACUAUUACAAAGAGCAGUUGUCUUAUAAGAUGCAACUAAAUGGAUUGGAAAAAUGAUUGAAAGAGAAUGCAUUGCUGAAGUACUGCAUUUUUAUGUGCAUAAAUUGUGAUUAUGCGUUUCAAUAUUAUCAGGAAUUUGGAUAGCAUUUUGUAGAAAGCAUCCCAUGAUUCAAGGAGACCAUGUGUAGUUUUUGUAGCUAUUACAGUUCCUAUAUUUUAAAGAAGGAGAGAAUUUUCUAGAAUCAAAAGACUAUGGAGAGAGUGAGGUAACGUAGUAUUGAGAUAAAUGAUCAGCCAUGACUAUAUUGACUGAUGGAGCAGCUCAAAGGCUGAAUGGCCUAUUCUUGUUCCUAUUUUCUAUGUUUUAUUACUGUAAACACAAACUUUUUUAACUAAACAGAAGAUGUCGGUUCCUGUUUCCAUUUUAUGGCCAUUGCAGAUGUCUGUAGUGCAGAAUGUAUUUAAAAUAUAGUUACAUAUUUAACCCCAGUGUUUAGUAGUACUGUAAUGAGAUUGCAGCACUGAAAAUUUUAGUUGCUGAGUGCUUGUGUGUCCAAUGUUAGCAACCAAAACUUCCAGGAGAGUUGCUGGCUCUUCUGAAAUCAUUGAGGUCUUUUCACUCAUUCAUUAAUAGGGUCAUAAAACUGCACUGAUAUCUGUGUUGUAAAAAUGUUAAGUAAACAAAAUUGAAGCUGUUUGAAUCAAUGCACAUGAAGUAAAUUCAGUUGUUCUGGUCUUAAAUGCAGAAGCCAAUCUAAGCAAAACAAGCUUCCGUAAACAACAAUGAAAUGAGUGGCCAGUAAAUUUUUUCGAUAAUGGAGAAAUGUUGGCUAGGACAUUUUGCUCCUCAGGUAAUGCCUUGGGAUCAAACUGAAUGACAAGAUUGGCCAAUUGACCAACACUUCAUCUAAAGUAUUCAAAACAUUUGAAGUGUUUUAUGAAAAUGUGCUAAAUCUUAAGACAUUGAAAAGUUUUUUUCUAAUAUAAUUCAGAUAUGCUGUUGUUAAAAUAUAUUUCUUCAAUAUAUUAGUUAGUUGUAAUAAAAAAAUUCUUACAUAAUACUGCCAUACAUUUGUAAAAGUUCCUUUGUAGUUUGUGUUAUUUGGAUGCAGAAGGUCAAUAAGAUUAUCAUAAGUAACUAUAUAAUUUUAAUUGCAUAGAGAACUAAAUGAGAAUAAAGAACAUUGUCAUUAAAAAGCAAAAACUACAGAUGCUAGAUAUCUGUAAUAAAAAUGGAAAAUGAUGGAAACAUUCAGCAAGUUACACAACAUCUGUGGAAAAGGAAACAAAGUUAUUGUCCUAGUGGCAUAAAUGCUGCCUAAGCUUUGCUCUUCAAGGUGCCCUGCAACUUCAGUAUUGUACAAGCAUCUCUCAUUGGUAUUUUAGGAAGCCAUUGUUAUAGAUGUGACUAUUUUCCAUGCAUAAACAUUAAAUCUUGUGCAAUCAGUAA